UUUUGGGAAGUGCAGGGACUACUUUAGGUCAACUUUUGAGAGAAACGCUCCUAAUUCACCGCACAGGGCUUCGGGGCACUCUGCAUAGCACUCCAUAAGUUAGUGUUUGGCGAAACGGAACAAACCGUGUGCUUCUUGGGCGUUUUUUAUUGCAAGAGUUGUAUGUUUUUACUACGUCGCGGAAGGAUCUAAUUUUCUCACGCGAGGGUCGACUCAUCCGCCCAGUUUUCCGAUGUUUCAUUCCCCCCCGAGUUGAAAAUGGAGUUCGAUUAAAGCAGAUGUCCACCAACUUCUCAAGGAAAUUUCAAGUCUACACGUAUUUACUCAACGCACCAGAAUCAAUAUUGAAAACAGUUGAACCAUUUUGUUGGGGCUUUGGAUGCCUUUACUGCAAAUGACUCGGACACGUUGACGGAGCAACGCUCCACGGCGCUUUUUCAAGUGUUGUCCUGGACCUGAAGUUGGCGAAUGGAUGCUCGACAGCCAGCCAUAAAUAACCUGCCAAACCUUACAGCCUGCCACCAUUUCUACAUUCUCUGAGGAUCUAUUCACCUUUUCGCAAAGCGGGGACCUGUUUUUUUUGUCUUCUUUUUUUUUUUUGGCUUGUUGAGGACGAUGAUGCCGAUGGCCCAUUUGUUGUGGUCGGAUUUUACUUCCAGGGAGGAUAAAAUGAAUCAACGGUUGUCAUUCCUGGCGAUUUAACGUUACUCCCCAGGCAGCGAAGCUAACGUUAAGCUAGCUCCUCCGCUUGGUGCUCCCGAGGACGCUUACUUAGGCAUGCCCCAUCGCACACCGUCUACUUACUAUCCGGACUAGCGGUAAUUUCUAUAUGUGAGGGGAAAAUGGUGAUAUUUGUGGUAUUUUAUCCCGCCGUCACUGCGCCGUCGAUGCUAUUGCUAGGAUUUGGAUCCCCGUGAGGAAAAAAAUGAGUGAAGAUUCAACAAAUCCAAACAACGAUGACAGUUAUGCGCGUGUGAGAGCAGUGGUCAUGACUCGGGAUGACUCCAGCGGUGGGUGGCUUCCCCUGGGGGGCGGAGGCCUAAGCUGUGUCACCGUCUAUAAGGUCAGCCGGACGGAGGACAGUGGCAGCAUCCACAGUGGAGGCAGCGGAGGAAGCGGCAGCAACCUCAGCCCCUGUAGCUCCAGUCCCGGCUCCAGCCCCAGCCCCAGUCCCAGCCCCACCGCCGUGGAGUUUCACAUCAAGGGCGAGAGGCUCAAAGACAAAUUGGUGGUCCUGGAGUGUGUCCUGCAGAAAGGUCUAGAAUACAACAGGGUCAAUCCCAUCUUCCACCACUGGAGGAUCAACGACAAGAAGUUUGGACUGACUUUCCAGAGCCCUGCUGACGGCCGUGCUUUUGACCGGGGCGUACGUCGCGCAAUCGAGGACAUCGAACAAGGUUGUCGGCCAUUUGGGGAAGGAGAUAUUCCGGAGGAGGGACUAACGGUGUGUGACGAGCCUCCCUCUCUGUGUACCCCGAUGAAAGAGCCCUUCUCCCAGCUGAACAACAUAGUCUCCACCGAGCCAUUCAGGGGCUGCUACGUCCGCGCACAACCCUUCGACGAGUUCACCUCCAGCAACCGACGCUACCUGCCUCCACAGGUCUUGAAGCCGAAUCGUCGUGUCACUUUCGACAUGGACGAGGAAGAGAUCGUUCGCAUCAACCCGCGCAAAGAUGUGCUCAUCCGCGGCUACGAGGACUACCGCCACCCUGUCAUGUGGAAACCGGAGGCCGACCGCGAGGACCUGGACUUCCCCAACGCCUUCCACAAACUGGACAGUAAGAAGUGCGAGUACCUCUUCCCCGACGGCCCCUGCGGGGACUCCCACUCCGUCCCUGGUAUGGGCAUCGGGAGCGGCAUGGGGCUGGGGCUGGGCAAGGACACAGCCAUCAAAACUCAGCCCUCGCCCCUGAUCAAGUCCAAGAAGGGCCGGCGGCGGCGAGAGGACGGCGAGCGCUCGCGCUGCAUCUACUGCCGGGAGAUGUUCAACCACGAGGACAACUGGCGGGGGCAGUGCCAAGACGCCCCCGACCCCAUCAAGCAGUGCAUCUACAAAGUCAGCUGCAUGCUGUGCGCCGAGAGCAUGCUGUACCACUGCAUGUCCGACUCCGAGGGCGACUUCUCGGACCCUUGCUCGUGCGACACGUCCGACGAGCAGUUCUGCCUGCGCUGGCUGGCCCUGGUGGCGCUGUCCUUCAUCGCGCCCUGCAUGUGCUGCUACCUGCCGCUGCGCGCCUGCCACCACUGUGGCGAGGCCUGCCGCUGCUGCGGGGGCAAGCACAAGGCCGCGGGGUGACCUGACGACGGACCAUGGGACACCCUCAAAGCUAGCUAACACACAGGAAGUGGAUAAAAGCGGAAUAUUAAAUGCCGGCAUCCUUUUUUCAUUCCCCUCUCAGACGGGGCGAUAUGUUGUUGAUCCCCAGCUCCGAGGGCUUUUGGAGGUUUCAGUUUGUGUUUGUCGCCGACAAGCAGCAGUGGAGGACAAACCAUAUGCUUUGUGGGGGAUCUGAGCAUCAAGCUACGUUCAGGAGCUUAAUCGGAGGAGAUGAAGGGGAGGCAGACUCAAGAUUAAUAGACUUGGAGAUGUUACUAAACACACCUGUAUACACACACCCACCCACACACACACACACACACACACACACCUCUCUCUCACAUUCACACUCAUGCAUUGACAAAGCCAGGCCACAAAUGUCAGAACUCUACUGCAAGAAAUGUGUGUAACUUUAUGAAGGAAAUUAGUCUUUUGUACAGAGAGCGACAUCUUAAUGACAAAAACAGAAUUCCAAACUAUUCUGCGAUGAGAGAAAAUACUGUUUGAGUAUGCUAAAAGGGAUAUGUUCUUGCUUCUUUUGUGAAUUUGACGUUGGGUAACAGUGGCCUUUCCUUUAUGGCAUAAGCAUUUGAUGACAAUGUAAUUACUAGACAGAGAAAAGUGCACUAGAAAUGGCGUUUUCCCCAACCCCAAGUUAAGGUAGCCCUCUAAAAUUCUUGUGGUACAUCAACCACCAUUUUAACAUUUUAGAAAUGUUCUGUGGUGAAUGAAUGGCCAAUUCCUUGAUUUCUUCUUCAUGGUAUGCUGAAAAAAAUCCAAAAGGUAAAAGCUUAUUUUUGGGAGGUUGAGCUUGGCAUAUCUUUUGAUAUUCAAUACCAAGUUAAAAUGAUUACCUUGCUUUUCCCAGAUGAUUUAGACCAUUUUAUUGCAUUCCAAAAUAAAGGGAUCAAUUCCAUGAUUAGAAGGGGAAAAUGGUAAUGACAUUACCAUGCAGAGUUCCCCAAAAAUAGUUUUUUUCCAGAUCAUACAAAUAGCAUUCGAACCUCUUGAACCAUUUAGAUUGAAACUGAUACAUGACUAUUUCAUUUACUCCGGUGAAUUUCACUUUUAGUCCAGUAUUUACUGCUGUAGUGAAAUUAGUGUUUUUUGUUUCUUAUGUUAUUUUCCUGCUCAUUUUAUAAUUAUUUGUGGAACAAAAGCUGAUAAGUUGCUCAACCAGCAAGUUUUGUUUCGGUGAGUAAAGGGGUUUCAGUGCUCCUGUGAUGAGGCACUUAAAUUAGGUCAUUCUUUUACUGAGAAUCCUUCAGAUUUUCAGAUGAGUCUGCACAUUAAUUAUUGUCAAAUAAUGUCAAAUUCAAUUUGGUAUUGGGAAAAUCCUCCUUAAAGCACUGCUCUCCAAGCUUUGGUUGCAGCACCCUCUCCAAAUCUCCAUGUAUCUGUUUUGUCCCCCUCUUCCACCCCCUCAUAUUCUGUGAAAAUUGAAUUGUCCCUCAAAAGUCAACUGCUUCCAUAAGUCUUUAUUUAACAGGCCCUGAAUGAAUGACUUUGUUUCAGGAAUGCUGAGCAUAUUAGCUAUUAAAGAGUGUGUGUGUAUGUGCGUGUGUGUGCGUGUGUGUGUGUGUGUGUGUGUGUGUGUGUGCAUAGGUCUUCAAAUGCACUAUGGUCCCAGCUCUGUGACUGAGGCUUUGACUUGUAACCUCCUGUUUCCCAAAAUAUCAAAUCAGGCUGGGAAUCUUCUUCUUUCUUUCCGAAGGUCCGAUUGGACGAUCCAUUACACCGUUGUAAAGCCGCAGCUAGCUGGUAGCUUAGCAUAACAACACAUGUAAAGUCAGCUAACUCAUUAACGGGUUACAUCUCCGUUGUUUGAUUUGUACAAAGACAACGUUUUUUUUUGGGUGGGGGGGGGUCUAUUAUUGUGGUUGGGUUAGGUGGUUCACUCACUGGAGUUCUGUUGUCACCGUGAGGUUGCAAUGCAGAAACGCGAGGAGGUUACUGUGCCUGGCAAAGAAACGGUCCCACUCACAACCUCGGUUUUACAUAUUCCCAAAUGUUGGUGCAGCAUUAAUGAGAGACCUUCAGCAGCUGGCGGGGAGGGUUUUGGGGACGGAUAGAUUGGAUUCUCUUUAGACGGAGCCAGGCUGGGUUCAUGUUUGCAGUCUUUAUGCUAAGCAGCUGCUGCUUCUAGUUCAAUAUUUAUCUGCUAGACAUGAGAUAAACUAACUCUCAACAAGAAACCAAAUAAGCAGAAUUCCCUGAAUGUCAAUCCACUCUAAUUGAUAUUUUGAGUAACAUGGACACAAGUUUUUUUUUCCCCUCCACUGAGAGAUGAACCACUUUCUCACUAAACCAUUUAGUCCGAACAACCACCUCCCAACAGUAACACCAGUUCAGUUUGGCCGUCCAGCUGCAAUAACUGAUGAAGUGACCCCAAACUACAGCAUUGGCAUGUUUUAAAUUAGUUCCCGUUGUGUUUACCCUUAACAGAUAUGCACCUCCUGUCAUUCCUGGUUAAAAACAUCUGGAUUGCAGGAGAAACGUUUAUUUUCCUAAUUCCACCCCGACCAACACUCCCUUUUCUUUCUAUGCAAACUUUCUAAAGUGGGAAACGCAUUGGCCUCUGUGCAGACUGGGUCAGAGGCGGGACAGGACACUUUAACGAUUCAUAGGUAAGACGACCAACACCUGGUACCAAACUCCAAACGACCUGUAAAUACGUAACAAUAUUUAAGUUCUGAUAAUAAUCCCAUCUUUUUUUUGUCUUUGAAAUUUUAAAGAUAGAGAUGUAUUUAUCGUUGCUGUCAGCAUAUACUGUAGCUUCAAUUGACAGCAUUAUGUACAUAGGUCACCUUUUAGUAUUAUUUCACAUUGAAAAGUAGAGGGCGUUUGUGAUGGAAACUACUAUUGAGCUUCUAAUAAGAGUUUCUCUCUAGUUUUGUACGGUAGAAGGAAGGAUAGUGCUAACACGGUACAGUAGUGGCAGUCCACUUGUUUCAAGAGUUGGAAAUAUGUAUGUAUGCAUACGUACACGCGUACGUACACACACACACACACGCGUGUAUCUAUGCAUACAAGUACGUAUAUACAUAUAUUAAUGUGUACAUAUAAAGCUGCUAGAUGCAAUCACUAAUUUUAUUGUGUUGACAGAGAAAAAUCAGCUAUGAACGACUGUUAAACCCUAAUCCUCCAACAGCAUAUAACCAUGACAGUGAGUUCUUAAUGUUUGAUUUCUCUCCGUGAUGAAGUGGACACGUGUGUGUGUGUGUGUGUGUGUGUGCGUGCGUGCGUGCGCGUGUGCUUGAGUGUUCGACUAUAUGUGUGUGUUCUUGUGUGCCCUGAGCGAGAAAGAGAGCGACUGUAAGUGUGUGUGUGUGUGUGUGUGUGUGUUGCCAGUGUGCUGACUGUGUGUGCGGGCUUGGUGUGUAACCAAAUGUUUGGGUGGUUGUCAUAGUCUCCCAUUGUAAUUGGAUUUGCCGUGCAUUUUUUUGCAAGCUGAACCAAGGUUUGAUGAACCUGAUUAAAACUUGCUGGCUGAGAAGCAAAAUGUAGGACGUGCAUUUAUACAAAGUGUAGAGAAUGCUGAAAUAACACUUCUCAUUCUGCAUUAACCAGCACAGUGCAACUUCCUGUCAUGUACUGUAUUAUAUAUGCAACAUGUGUCUGUCUGCUUUAAUAUAUAUAUUUUUUUGACCUGCAUUAUAUAAGACUUCAGUUUGAACCACUUUGCUGCUAGUCUUUUAUCCUCUUUCAAUCUUGGAAAUUGUGCAUAUCUUUGGGAAUGCAUACAAGUGUACAUUAUUGACAUUGUGUAGAUUAAAAAAGAAAAAAACGAUAUAAACAAGUUUUUCUUCAGUGUAUUGUUUUAAGAAGGUUACUUUUCACAGCAGUUGAGUGGUUAUGUUUCAAUUCUCCAAUGCUUUGGUGCACUGAUGAUACUAUAUGUAAUUUUUUUUUCAUCUUACAGCGCUUGAUGUAACAUUUAUGUGAUUAGUUCUAAAUAGUGGAAGACAUUUGUGUUUUGAAACUUGCAGUAUAAAUGGUACUACUCUUAACUAUUCUGUAAACACUGCCUGUUUUACUUUCUUUUUUUCCUUUCACUCUCAGUGUGCAUAUUUCUCUCCUGUGCAUCGAUUUUUUUUUUCCCCCCGAAGUUUCUUAGUGCCAUCGGCUUUCACAUCCUGACGACCUCAAAAAAGUGCCUCACGUCCAUCCUAGUAUCCAUUUUAUAAUUUAACAUCUCUCGUUCUGGUUCUAUUGGUUCCUACAUGUCUAGGUAUUUCUUCUCAUGGUUCGAGAAUACCGAGUAUAUAAUUUAUAGUCCCAAUAACUCAUGUCAUAGUUGUAUUUUCUUUAUACAGAUGUAGCUCGUUACUUUUCAUAAAUAUAUAAUGUAAAUAUGCAUACAUAUGUUUGUAACUGUUUUUAUGUUACAUCAUACACUUGUAAUUUGACAUAUCAAAUAACAUUAUCAUAAUAAAAUGGUGAGUUUUAAUCUUU